GUAGCUGAUUAAAUGUUAAGGGGCAUGCAGUGAAACACUCUUCAAUAUUUAUGACAUUGACAGUUACUGUCAAUAGUCUCAAUAGAAAUUUCUAUAUUUAUGUGUAUAUAAUCUUUGCUCUAUAAACAUUAUUAAAAGAACCAUAAAUAUAACUCGUAAGUAUAUUGAAAAUGAAUCAACAAGACGAUCAAAUGAUGGAUGAAGAUAUAACAACACUUGGACAACCGCUAAGUGACUUCUUAUUGCAAUUGGAAGAUUAUACUCCUACGAUUCCAGAUGCAGUAACUACAUAUUAUUUGCGAAAUUCGGGUUUAGAACCGAAAGAUCCUCGAUUAGUAAGAUUAAUAUCAAUUGCAGCACAAAAGUUUAUAUCAGAUAUUGCCAAUGAUGCUUUACAGCAUUGCAAAAUGAGAUCCACGAAUACUACGAGUCAUAGCGGUUCUAAGAGCAAACAAGGCACUAAGGAUCGAAGAUACUGUUUAACAAUGGAUGAUCUCACACCGGCUUUGGCAGAAUUUGGUAUUACUAUUAAAAAACCCCAAUAUUAUGUAUAAUUUUAGAGUUUUAUGUUAAGAAUCAGAAUUGCUAGAUCAUAAUUAACAAUUUUGGGAUAAAUAUUGUGUAGUUUUUUCUUUAUUUCUAAAUAUUGUGAUGAUUAUUGACUGUUAUUGAAAAUAUAUUUUAAUGAUUGAAA